AAAAAGCAUGGGUAACAUGUGCUGUGAAUUUCAACUUAUUGCAGCCGAUUUUUUUCAACCAUGCUGUAUGUUCGUGUGAUUGUCAGGUUAACACACAGGAAUUAAAUGGUGGUGGCUUUUCACUGCUGUCUACAGUCUUUGUAGAUAUACAAUAUCAUAUGAUUAUCACAGGCAAGGGGAAGACAGAGACCUGAUAUAUAGAACCGUUUAAAAUAUGCAAUGUGUGAAAAAUGAGUACCUCCGAUUCAACAGAGGAGUUAAACUUUCAGAACUUUAUGGAAAUUCAGGGCCGGCUUCAGUUUCAGCUUAUUACCAGAAUAUACUUUGGAUGCGAUUCCGAACAAGCAGAGGAUCCCACCUCAGCCCACAGCGAUGACUGGAGCCUGGUGGACAAAAGUGGCCAUCACCAUCGCCUCCCGAAAACCAUGCUGUUCAUGGGCCGUGAGGAGUGUGACAUUGUAGUCAAGACACCCAGUGUGGAUAAACGGCAUGCUGUGAUUACCUUUGACCACUACCUGGACAAAUUUAAAAUCAAAGAUCUCAGCACAAAUCAUGGGACGUAUGUGAAUGACAAGAGGAUCCAAGACCAGGAAUACGUCACACUGGAUCACAUGGACUUCGUCAGACUCGGCAAUGAUUCCACAGUGUAUCAUGUAGAGAGGGUGUCUGACUCGGAGUUUCCAUCUGGGGACAUUCAGAUAGAGAGGACUGCUGGGGACAUUCAGAUAGAGAGGACUGCUGGGGACAUUCAGAUAGAGAGGACUGCUGGGGACAUUCAGAUAGAGAGGACUGCUCAUUCUAUGCCACAUUGGGCUUCACGAGAACUUCCACAUAUGAUGGAAUGUCAGCCACCUUGUCGAGGAUUUGUUUUUACUUACCCAAUUAUGACCUGUUUGGGUUGUAUCGCAGAGCAAAGAAUUGCACACACAUGUGGAAAUCAUACGUUAGACAAUGUCAUUAGUCAAAAAGAACAGAUGAAGUUGGCUGCUGAAGUACAACAUGUGCACCCCACAGCAAGUGUGCCACAUACAUCUCAUGUGCUCCAAAGUCAACAAGACUACUCACAGCAUGUGAUCAAACAUUCAAGUAAAUAUCCACCAGCACGUUGUGAAUACCACAGAGGAGGGGACUAUCCGAGAACAAUAGACUAUCCCCCGGGCAGUGAGUAUGUGAAGGACAGUGAAUAUCAGGACAGUGGACAGGAUGUACAGAGCAGAAGGGAAAUGAUGACCGCCCAGCAUGAGGAACAGAGUAAGAGCAUUCAGUCAGGUUUGGGUUCUAACACAUGGCCUCGUAAGCGGAUCCGUAACACCACCAAUAUCACAACCUUUUUCCUUGAGGAUAUAGCUGGUUCUAGAAUGAGUAUUGAUGACAAUAGCUAUGCAUGCAGUAGAGUACUGAGGGGAGAGGGUGGUCACCCAGACAGUCUCCCCCCAGAAUUAGAAACAGUGAAGAAGGGCACCCCUCUUUAUGGACAGCCUGACUGGUGGGGUGAGGAAGAGGUCGACAGAAAUGUCAAAGAGACAACAUUGCCACCUAGUGACUUGCCGCUAAGCAAGACAUAUCCCCCUCCCACCAAUAACACGACCACACCUUCUGCAGACCUCCAUACUAUGUCUUCUAACUCCUCCAUCUCCAAGGACAGUCUUCUGAAUGCCUCCUCCCCAGAGAAAUCCACUUCUGAGGAGGUUCAGCCACCUCCUUCUAAAAUACCAGAAGGGGGUGCAAGCACAACUUUCACUGUAGACUUUGGUGAGGAAUCUCCAAAUAAAUCUAUGUCAGGAAAAUCCCUCAGUGAGUUUAUGCCCUCCAAGAUCAGGAAGAGCUUUAAGGAUAGAAAAGAGAAAGUCGUGAGUACAAAAGGCAAAGAGGUCGUGAGUACAAAAGGCAAAGAGGUGACUUCCAAAGACUCCUCUCCAGGCAGUGAAAAGAGUACUGAUAUAAUGUCACCUGGACAGCAGAAAAAGAUAGAGGACAUUUGGUCACCCCCACAGAGGAAAACAAGGGAGUUAAAGAGAACAGCCAGAUCCACGGAGCAGGAACCUAAACCAGAGAGCACUCCCAAAAAACCAGCACAAAAAACAGGGUUGCACAGAAGAAGUUUGUCUACAGGGCGGUCAGUUCCAGCUAAACUGUCCAGACCGAAGGAGAAUGGAGAAGUCAGCACUCCAAAGUCACCUAAACAACCAAAGGUAAAGGAAGCGGCCACAGUCGACAGUGCCUCAUUUCUGAUUGACAAAAUGUUUGCCAGUGAUACCAAAUCACCAGCAAAAGGCAGACGCACUCCAAGAUCAUUGAAAACUGACAAAUCUUCAGACCGCUUUAGUGAACAUUCUUUGUACUUGGAGGCAAAAUCUUUUGAUUCUUCUUUAUCAAAACCACAGAGUACUAAAGUGGGUCGAAAGCCAGUUAUUGUAAGGAAAGAUUCCAACAAAACCAUUCCUGUCUCAAAAAAGUCUCCAGAGAAAAAAGAGGUAGUGUUGCCAGGGGCUACUGCUGCUCCUCCAGAUAAUUCGGACAAUGUGAGUGAAACCGGUACUUAUACCAUAGAAGGUGACAAGCCAUCAAAAGAAGAGGAUGCAGCUCGUCAGAAGAUCAACUUGGUGUUCGGAAUUAAGGAUACUCAAUCAGUUGUCUCAGAAUCAGUGGAGCCAAGUGAAAAUUCCACUGACAGAAAACCUUCUGGGGAUUUAACUCUGGAAAACCUGGAGGAUGAGGAUGAGAACAUACAGAUCCUGGAGAAAAGGAGGAGCCAAGGUCCAGAGGCCAGUAGUAUUGAGGUGGAAGUUGGAAGCUCUGCUGUCACAGACCUACAGAUUACAGAGGAGCAGGAGAACCCCAGUGAUCCGGUACCGAGCAGUGCACCAACUUGGGUGACACAAUGGGCAGCCUUGACUAAUAAAAGCAAAACAUCGGAACCCAGCAGUCCCAGUAGCAGUGUGUCUGAUAAAGAUACCAUGAUGUCUCCAGAUUCAAAAAAGCCUUCAAAAGGUUCGAGUCGGAAGCGACCAGGAACAGGCAGGAAAUUACCCACAAUUCCUGGAAAAAGUCCAGAUGGGAGUAACUGCAGCUCCCGAUUAAGUCAGAGCACAGACAGUCAGAGUCCCAGGUGUCCAUCCACACCACGAUAUGGAGAAAACAACAAUAUUGCUGACAAACAGAAGGCUGUUACAAUAUCUAAUCAUGUGGUCAAACGUUACGAAGACACAGACACUGAAUCAAUAUCUAGGACAAAAUUUGAAAGUGAUACUGAAGUGACAUCUGUGACACAGAUGGAUGAGUUUUCGACUCCCAAAGAUACGGCACGGAGUACUGCAAGUGUUGACACUGAAGUUCUGUUAAAGGAUACAGAAACUGUCAUGGCUGCCAUGGAAGCUCGCAUGGAUUCAAAGCCGGGUGGCCUGCAAAAUGGAUAUGUUCAGGAUGAUGGUGAUAAUUUAUCUGACACGGAGAGCACAGCAGCUCUUGUGAAUGGACAUGAAGGAUUUGUAAAAUCCAGUGUUUAUACUAGUCCUCGGGAAUCUCUGGCGAAGACCAGAGGCUUGCUGCAACAUAAACCUGUGUCUCGAGGUAGUUCUGCCAGUGAGAGACUUCAAGCAUUCCGAGAAAGAAACUACAAAAGCACUACACCUCCUGAAAACUCAGUAGUGUCAGAUGUGUUAAGUGAAAAUUGUGAUCUCAACCAGUCAUCAGACAGAACCAGUGAAUGCAGUGAUACAGGUGUUAGUUUCAAUAGAUCUGGUUCAAAGGGCAAGGGUACAAUUAGCAUGACCCGGCCUAAUAGGGCUUUCCAGUUAAGGAGGGCCUUGGCAGAUGGAGAAACUCAAGAUACCCCGAAGUCAGGAGUGUCGGAGGGUGUGUCACUGACUAAUAUAUCUGUAUCUUCUGGUAGUUCUCGUUCUAUAAAAAGUUCCACUCCCACAAAAUCCAUGAAGGCUGCUAACAGACUGAGUUAUCCAUAUACUAAACAGGACUCUGCAAGGAGCAAGGAGAGUUUAGGCGCUGCCAUUGUGCAGAAAAGCCGAGAGGGUACUUUAUCCUCGUCAAGGAGUAAUGCUAGUCUGGGUGCUCAAAUUGCUCAUAAAGCAUCCCGCAAUCAACCCUCAGGAAGUGCGUCUAACUCUUUCAACAGAAGUGAUGGUGGGCGUUACAGUCUUAAGCUUAACAGAUCUCUGAGUUCACAGGAUUCCAUAAAUUUUGACAGUAGCAAUACUUCUUCACGCAAACCUGACUUCAAGUAUGUAAAAUCAAAGUUAAAAACCACUCCCACAUACGGUCUUUCAGUUACAGGCAUUACUAGUAACAGAAGUAGUGUUACGUCAACUUCAAGUCGAUCAAAUUCUCCUAAAUCUGCUGAGAAGGUAGCAUGGAAAAGGAGGAAGGAGUAUGACCCUAGAAAAGCAGUUGCAGAGGCCAAGGCCAAAGCAAAGGAUGUCAAGAUCAAGUUGGAUAACCAGGGAAAACCCAAAAUGAUCAGGUCAGCAUCUUUCACCAAUACAGCUGAGCUACAGAAGUAUAGAAGGCAAGCUCUUCAACAGAAGGAUGCUGUGUCAAGUCCAGAUGAUUUGAGCUGUGCCAGUGAAGGUGCAGACACUGUGUCGGACAGUGUGUAUCAGCGAGGCUUCAUCCCUUACUCGGGACGAUCACAGUCAAGUCGAAUCUUUCCAAGUUCAGAGGAGGAUGAGGCUAGCUUGAUUGUCAAGUCAACUCAGGACCUAAGCAGUGGCCUUUGUGGACGCUAUAAAUCGGCUUUCACCCCACCACCCCAGAAUUCUGCCCCUUCCCCCCCUUUAAUGCCCUUGUCAGUAUAUAAAAAGAGAAAUUCAUUUGAGAGUCACGAGACUCGUCAUGGCGUCACCAGAUACAAAGCUCAGCUUGAGCCCCAGCAGUCAUAUGACAACAUUUUGGUGUCCUCCAUUUAUCAGCUGUCUCUCAAACUCAAAACCAACACUGAGAAAACAUUGAUGAAGCUUAGAGAGGAUCAGAGAAUUGAGGAUAUGUCAUCACCAUCUCCCAUAGAUGACAUUUUGAACCAAUCAGCAUCCAACAGCGAUAUUCCUGGCUGGAAGACAGCCAAUCAGGAGUUAGCUGCCAUCCUCACCAAUCUGAGGAAAACAGAGCACAGAAUACACAUGCUGAAUAAGGCGCUGUACCCAGAUGAUGAUAGCUGUUCGGAUUCACCAGGACUAUCUGGGCGAGAGAAGAGGGAGUACCUGCAGGAAAUUGAGAGGAUCCGCAGUGAAUUAGCGGGCUUCCAGCCAAUAGCCAAGCCUCUGCUUGUCAAGGAUGAUCAGGCCUCCAUUGAAUCGGAUUGUGAAGAACUUGGAACUGCAGAUGAAUUCUUCUAAGCAUUAAGACAGUUUUGUUUUUAAUUCAAAGAAAUGUAAAUUUCAAUUUUACUUAAUAUAUAUAUAUUCUAGUCUCAACAUGGAGCAAAGAAUGACUUGUUUAGGUUCACAAAUUUUUAUCAACACAUAUUCAGAAUUCAAUUGAUUCUUUGUAUAAAUGACAAACUUCAAAUCAUCACAUUGAAAAUCAUAUUUUGGAAUAUUAAUUGGAUCAUUAAUGUUUCACAUACCUUUGAUUUAUUUUGCUUAAACAACUAGAGCAAGAAUUGUCCAUCUACAUUAACUAAUUUUAUGUAUGUUUUUCUAUAGAUGCCUGUGGCAAGAGACUGUAAUAAGAAUAUCGUGGAUGUUUGUUUUUUUUAUAGUGGUUGGGAACGAGAAUAAGUUUGACAGACAUAACCAACAUUGUGAGGAAAGAGUAACCUGAUGAACAAGUUUUAAAACUCUGUGAUAUGUGUGGUAGUGCAUUUAACUGGCUGUGAUCAUAUUUUAGUGGCAUUAGAUAUCUAAAUUGAAAAUUAACAUGUUUUACACAUUCAUGUUUAUGGAAAUUCAGAUGCACAGUUAUUAAUGUUUGUGCUUUCUUCUGUGGUAUCAAUGUAGGCCGAAGAAAUAAUUAUAUGUACUAUAAAUGUACACAUGCAACUUCCAUGUCAUUAUAAAACCACCUUUCCAAAUUGAAGUCUUGAUUUUUUGUUGGAAACAAUGAUAGUGGCAGUGAGAAAAAGUAUACUCUGUUGUUUUAUACAUUUCUUGAGAUCUGAUGGAUAAGACUGUGCAAUGCUGUACUAUCUACAUAUUUUUCUUUAAUUCUAGGUACAGUAGAUAUUAUAUUUUACCAUGGUUUAAUAUGAGGGAAUUUUUUAUUCUAAAAAUGCAAGCAAUAACCAUAAAAGAAUAUUUAGCUGAUUAUAGUCUCUCAUUUCCAUGUUAUCAUCUAGUACAUGUAUAUGUAUUUGUAUGUACAAAUGGAGAUUUGAAGUUGUGAUGUAUUAUUUUUUGGUUUUUAUGAGUGACUAAGUCACAAUGGCUGGUUGUUAUGAAGUUGUGUCCCCAGUUUAAGUUUUAAAAACAACCAAAACAAGUUCAAAGUUGUGGUAUAAUAAUGUACCUAUUCACCUAAUCUUUCACUGCUUUUUAUUGUUGCUAAGAUUUAGAAUUAUAAUGCAUUCCAUUCUGGUAAAUGGAUAUUUAUGUGCCUGUUGUGUGUUAUUUUUUAGUUACGCUUCAAGCAUAGUGUUGUUAGUGAGACUGAUUUGAAAUAGUGCAGUCUGAAUGCAAUAUAUUUUGUAAUGAUUCCCAUUUAUUUACAAAUGCCUUAGUUGCCAUGAACAAAUUGUUUUAUAUAGAUAAUUUAAUUAAUAAAUUUAUGCAUUAAUGUGAAA